CGGCUACAUUCAGAGCGAUGUGCUGACGUUCUACUCAAAGAUGGCGAUGACGAGUGCGCCAUGUUUUUCGUGAUGUUCGAGCGUUAGGAAGAUUUUUCGGUAUUCUGAUUCGCAUGAGCAAAAUGGCUGAUGAUGAUCCGUGGCUACUGAAAGAGGACGGUUGCUUGAACGUGGACACUGAGUGCAAGAGCAUUAUCUAUCACGCCAAUUUAAAUGUUCUACUCAUCACCACUGGCAGCGCACAAGUAUACGUAUUCGAUGUCAAUUCCGGCGUGAUCCUGCAAAGAAGUACUCUAUCCGGUAAACCAAAUGGGAAACUGCAGGGAGUAUAUCUACCCAAUGGAAUAGAUAAAGUGCUGUAUACAGAUGGACGGGGGAUUGGUAUACGCAGCGAUUACAAUGGGGUCCUUUUGUUAGAUACUAUUUUGCAAACCCCAGUUUCUAAGAGCGAAGAUGUAGUGAAGUUAGAACUACUGCUAUCAGAGGCUACGUUAUUACUUCAAUGUCUUCAGUGUGUAGAAUUACCAGGAGUAGAACAUCUGGUGGAAGUACUGCAAGAACUUUCGAGUAAAGUUGUGGCGGCGCAAAUGAACCAGUUGAGAGGUAUUAAAGCUCAAAAAUGGAAUACGAUAUGCUUGGAACUGUCGCAUGGAUCUUUGAAGCUCGUGUGUUCCGGCUUAGUGAUGGAAUUAAAGAGACAAAAUCGGCACAUACCAGCAUUGCCCAUUGCUUCUGCGAUCAAUGAACGACUGAAUGGCCUAUUGCCUGGCCUUGCGUUAGAAGGUGGUCCCGCUGAUAGAGCGCUAAUGUUUAGCGAAGCAGCGCGUCGUGAUACUUUUCCAAAAUGGCCACAUAUGAAUUACAAAUGGGCUUUACCCGACCAAAUGGCGCAGGCUGGUUUCUAUCACGAACCAAAUGCUACCGGGGACGACAGAGCGAUGUGUUUCACUUGUAACGUCUGCCUUGUAUGUUGGGAACCUACGGACGAACCGUGGUCGGAGCACGAGAGGCAUUCGCCCGCGUGUCCAUUCGUUAAAGGCGAAUAUACGCAGAACGUUCCGCUGUCCGUCACCCUCGCGACCGCCCCCGCUCGCGAGGUGGGCGAUACGGUGGACGUCAUAGGUACUACAAAUGUCACGGGCCUUGCGGCUACAGCCUCUUCCAACGGUUUUAUAAAUAUCUGGAAUAUAACGAAUCAGUUGAAGAGAGAAGUGUCAUUUUAUAUCUCUCUCUCGGAUCAGGAGGUGAACAAUAAGGAAUCAAUACAGUUCUGCGCUACGAGGAAUAUGACGACUUCGUAUUUAACGAAUCUAAGCUCGGACACUGCACCGCUCUCGGAAUAUAAAUCUUCGUCCUUUUACAAAGUACAGGUUACGGCCCUGUCGGUGGUAGGGUCUUCGAUAGCCCCGAGGGAGGACGCGAAGAGCACCACUAGUUCCACGACGUCGUCCAUAAAUGCCGAGACGUCGGACUAUAAAAUACGACCAUGCUUAGUGUGCGGGGUUACAGUGACAGUUAAUAAUCCUUCGCAAUUACGGACCUUAGAGAAUGUGUGGGCCGCAUCGACCGAUCUGGCGAGCUCAUCAUCGCUGGUUCGCGCGAUGAACAGUGUAAAUAGUGCCGCUAGUGAUACUCUAGACAUAAUGAAGGUAGCGGGUGACAGGUGCGUGCCGUCGAGAUUGCAUUACUUAGUAUUGUACGACUUUCAUCAUAAAACCGCGACGGCACAGCCCAUUAAGGAAGACAACACUAAGGAAUCCAAGACGAAGAAGACUCUUUCCGGUACGGGUACCAGCGCCAGCUCGAACGGGGGUCGCCAAGAAAGCUUGUACCAGGAGCUCUUCCUCGGUAAAUUUUUAUACGAAGUGCCAGUUAUCGAAGACGUAGACUCGGAAAUGGUGGUCGGACCGCAUUACGACGGCAUCUUCCCGACCAUCGAUUUAACCGCCUCGUCCUCCAACGGCAUUUACUCCACUUCCAUCAGCAUCACCGCGCCGACCACGUCGACUCCGUACGAUUCCAAUUUUAAUCCUAUCAACAGCUCGGCUCACUUCGCAUCGACAUCCAACUUGACAACGAUGAACAAGAAGAGCUUAGACCUUAUGAAGAUCACUAAGGCCGAGCCGGUUGUAAUUAAGACUCUGGCCAUCAAUGCCCCGGAUUCCCUUCGUAUCACGUAUAUAUCUCCGACUAAAGAUGGCAGGCACUUGUACGUCGCGAUGUGUCCCGCGAUGGAUAACGCUUCCGCCGAACUCUCCUCGUCGCACACCAAUCAGAUGGACGUUGACGACGAGAGCGAUUUCUUCCCGCAGAAGAGUUACAUGUACUGGGACCACAGCGACACCCAGUCCGGCAAACUGAUCAACGACGAGACUCGUGGCAACGAGAGCAACACCAACGUCGUGUUGCUCGUGUACGCAUUGGACUUUUCGGGGCCGGUGGUGCAAGUGGCGUCGGAACCGCUGGUGAAGGGGGAACUGCCGUUGGAUCAGGCUCCGAUUGAACAUGAACUCCUGCCGCUGCAAGAGAAGCAAAAGUACGCUGCCACUAUUCCGAAUCCUAGCGUUAAUCCGACCAGCAAUUCGACCGCUCAGGAACUCGUAAUCGGACAAGUCGCCCUGGUCUGUAAGGACGGCGUAGUUAGGCUGUUGAAUCUGAGCACGCUGAAAACCGUCACGGAGGCUAGAUUGGAGGGAAAGAAAUUUAUCUCGGCGACGUAUUGCAACAGUUUGGAGAGGCUAUGUGUAUGCACGAGCGACGGGACACUGCAUUUCUUCCUUACGGAAGAAGAAAUAGAUUCCACGGAGGAGAAGGAAGAUGCUGAAGACGUGAUUAUGGCCGACAAAGAAAGUUGCGCCAACGAAAAUACGGCUCCUAACACAUCGACAUCGACUUGCCACGAUCAAUUAUUGGCGCACAAAACUAAUUUCUCUUAUUCGGACUUGCGGCUCUUGUAUGAACUCACAAGAUUCGAUCGACAUUCGCCUGCGUAUAGCGCGACGGUCCCUCCAUGUUGGAGCGAAAUGAUGCAGGCCCAAAGACAAAGGCGUCACCCGCAGCACCUUCAUCAAUCAGAAGAUCAGCAUCACACGAGAACUUGGCGGCUACAGAAUGACGCGACUACGUGGGACGAGCAUGUGUUUGAACUAACGUUACCUCGGAACGCGUCAGGAAGUAUAGGACAUGUUGACGUUCGAUUUACCUUGCAUUCGUUCUGUCAAGAAUUACCGACCAUUCAGGUGACUCUGUUGAAGCAAAAUAUAAAAAGAAUCGGCCACCAGAAAGCGUCGCCUACUCCGGUAGACGAGAGAAUAGACUUUAACAUAGGAAGCGACCAAAGGAAUGAAAAUCCGGUCACCACAGAGGAGUAUCAACGCCAGCAUAACACCGAAAUUCUGUGCGGUCCUAUCGACUUGCACUGUUGCAUGGAUCUGUCAUGUCGCUCGGGAUGCGUGACGUUAACGAGCCCAAAAUUGUUUCGCUCGAAAGUCAGAACAUUGCUCGUUCACAUCAAAGCCUUAGUAGAUCAGACGAAAGACGCUGCAUCUGCGAAGGCGAAAGCGAAUCUAUACGAGACUAAGCCACCGACUUGCAAAAAGCUCAGGAUAUUUGAAGUACGUCCACUCGUACCUCAAUUAUCUACUUCCAAUAGCACUGGGGAACGACUUGACGAGGGUGGGAACAGUAAAAAGUUGGGAUGUUACGUUGGAUGUAACUGGAUCCACGAAGUCUCGAUUACAGUAAGAUCGGUACGCCCUACGGAUAUACCGAACGAAAGGUUACAGAGAUGCGCGAUGUUGGAGUCUAAAACCUUUUUCGAUAACCUUCUGAGCGUCGCGUGUCUGCAAGGAUCCCUCGAUUCACCUGUCGUACAAUCUAUCGCUCUCGAUAUUCUGGUGUGGGCAGCCUCGAUAAGAUUGACGAGAUUACGUAGCGUGCAGAACAGCGCUGAGAUGAAAGCUCUUCAGUUGGAGACUGUACGUUCAGUGCAGGGCCGAUUGUCCAGCUUGCUGCGAACGUGCCUCUUGUACGCCGGCAGAAGUAUAGCGCACAAAUGCGUCAAACUGAUCGUUCUUUGUAGCGGGGGAUUUUAUAACAUAGACGAUCCACCAGGUCAAACUUUCGAUGAGGCUAUACUUCCCGUUCUGGUGAACUUGUUGCCAUCGAUCAUGGACGUUCAAUGGGCUGGUUCAUUGAGAUGGCUGCAAUUACUCGUAACUAGAUUUUUACCUUUGGAUAGGAAUCACAGCAUCGCCCAGAAAUGUGUCUCUUUGGUACAGCAGAUAGCUACUGAGUUAUCCAAUAGAGUAAAUCCUUACCAUUUGCUGCUCGCGACAAGAUUUGGUUUAUAUAACACACCCUUUGAAACGGAACUGUUCGACUUAGAACCACCGAUACUACCGAAGUUUAGUUCAACACCAGUCACCUACGCGUCAGUAGCAACUGACGAGCAAACAGGCCCGUCUAUGACUUCGUCGGGUUCCGCGCAUUUGCCCAAAUUCGCUCACUGUGCGCAUUCCAUCGAUUUGAGGGACCUGCUCACACUGCCUACGCAUCCCGCUAGUGAAUUUGUAGUACCGAGUAAAUUGAAGGCACUAUGCACUAACCAUAAUAUGAAAGGUCUCCUCGAGGUCGAGCCCCUUCAUUUCACUUGCCAUGCCGCCUCCGACGGCACGAAGAUGGAAAAUAUUGGUCCCGGCAUGAGUACGAUUAAUAUCGGACCUACUCUCUAUGAUAAUACAGCGACAAACAACAGCGGCGCGUCCGAUGUCAAAAUGGUACAUUAUACUUACAGCUUGGAUGCUGGAUCGCUAGGACCAGAUGUUCAGACUAAAUCGUCAACUACAUUAAGCGAUCUGCUUAGUAUGUAUACAGGAAGAGUGCUAAAGAAGCCAUCUUCACAACUAUUGCUCACACCUGAUGAACAAUCAGACUAUGAUGAAGCUAACAACACGUCUGGCGAUAACCAGACUUGGCAUAGCACACAAAACAAUAUGCCUAGUUCACAUAUAUUAAGUUCCAUUGUAACAAAAGAAAAAUCAUCAGUACAAAAUCUCGAUACUGCUAUAAACAAAGUUGAGGAGGGCAAUCCUAAAAAGCGAGAAGAUAUCACAUUCCCAUGGGGAAGACUGUUGUGUUGGCCGCCUCAGCAAGCACUGGUCGUUGAAAGAAUGCAUUCGGGAGCACGACGAUUCGUCAUACUAGACUUCGGGUCGCCCGUGUUGCUGACCGAUCUGAUGAUUCCCUCGUGUAGCGAUCUCGUGUCGCUCUCAAUAGACAUAUGGACUAAGAGCGAAGAAACGGACGGCACUCGGCUUAUCGUUGCUGGCGAUAUCGGGAGUAAACCCUUGAUUGUCUACGAUCUUCAGCCACCCCCAGUCUGCAGAUAUCUCAAGAUCACCACAAUAGGACGCUACGGAAUGUCCACGACUACGUGCAAGAUACCGUUGGGGAUGUUUUACGGGCACAUGGUGGUCUUGCCUGGAGAGAACUAUUCGGAGCUGAGCGAUUCCUCGACGUUCGACGAUAACAUUUUCGAUCCCUCUUUACAAGCCACUAUUGAUACGCAAUGUAAUAUAUUAUCGGCUUUAGCAGAGGACGUUCAAUGCAGAUUCAGUUUAGCCAAUGAAAGAUUGAAAGCUUUAUUGGACCCAUUGCUGUGUUCAGAGACUCCUAAUGUCAUGCAUAUGCAACAUUACCUUUGCUGCAACAAGAUAUUUCACGAAAGUAACGAACGGCCGUCGCCGAAAAUAUUACAGACAUAUCAGGAAUGUACCAUGUUCCAACAUCAAUUAAAUAUCGUGCGGGGAGUCUGGCGACGUCUCGAGUCGUGGAGAGGUUUACGGAACGUGCCGACUACAUCUUUCGCAAACGCGCCCAGUGACAAAUUACGGGUCCUCGGAGAGACUUUGCUGGAUAUCCUACUGUAUACCGUGUAUGAGAUUGGCCCAGUAGCUAAUGUACCAAUGUCUCUGUAUGAAGUGUUUACCCCGACGACAUGCGAGAAAUUUUUUCAUUCGAUAUGCGUUGUGACGCCAGCACCACGCUUGCAGCUGCAUGCUGCCGCGCUCUUAGCCGGUAUGGCAGGUCACCAGCCAUGGUGGGGCAACUUCUUGUGCAACACUUUGAUAAAUCUUUAUUCAUCGUCAUCCACUCAUAUCUUCCCACAGGAUAGAGUGUUCAUUUUAUUAACAUUCCUCGGACGAAAGUCGCUGAUAGCUGGAGCAAGCAAGUCUUCGGUUAUCGAUGCCAUGGUUCGCACUCUGGGAAAAUUGCUAUCUCCUCUUGCGAGUGGGCAAUCUACGAAUUCUCAUCGAUUGGACGUCAUUCUGAUAGGUUGGGUAUUGUUGUUCCUAUCGGUAUGUUUAGACACUACCACUAUCCAACCUCCCUGCGUGGAGGACAAUCAAGAGAAGAACAAAGAGCAAGGUUUGUUGUCUCGUUGGGAAUUCAUUCAAGGAGAGUCGGCUAUGCAGAGGAAGUACGUCAAUGCCAGCCGAUCGUCAGCCUCACGUAGCUACCGAAAAAGAUUGCAGAAACGCCUGUUGCAUCAUAAACAGCAGCUUCAUGAAUUAGAGCAAGCCAAGAAAUCUUACCAAACGACUCCCCAGGGGUGGGCCACUCUCUCUUCUCAGGCAGCUACGUUAUACAGCAAAGUAGAAGCGACCAUAAAAUCCCAAGAACGCUACUUCAAGAAAACACUGAAACAGCAUUCCGCUAAGCAUUACAAGGAUAUCCUUGGUAUCCGAAGGAACGAGAUGCAACAUCUCUCGCGUGGCUCACGUGCUCCAGCGGCAUCUAGCAGUAGCAAGUCUGAUAUUGUGGAUUUAGAAGUGGAAUAUGUGACUAACCUGUCUCAUCAGUACGUUUUACCAGUGGCGCGUGGUCUCGUCGCAUUGAUUUUGCACAAUUCCACCAAUGUCGAUAUGUUCCUCUUAGCUUGCAAGGUAGUCGCUAGGCUAGUGGUAUCAACACGUCCCGCAAUUAGCUUAUGCGAGCUUAUGACGGAAGAACAACUCUUAAAAUUAGUCAGAUUGGCGACGGGUACAUCCGAUGCUACUUGGUCGUCGCAUGCUGUUUCGUGUCUUCUGCUGGACCUAUUAGAAGGAGGACGGUUGUUUCCCCGAGCGUGUCCCAUGCACGAAAGUAGCCCGACGGAGGAGAGCUUCGAGAUGGGGACGGACGAGAGCCACACAACGGAAGAGGAUUCGAGUAACGUUGCGGGCACCAGCUCUUCCUCCGCCGCCGCUUUGAGCAACAGCGAAGGUUUCGUCGAAGUAGAUGCGGAGGAAGACGCGCAGGAUAGCAUCGUGGUGACGUCAACAACCGCCUCCACUUCCAAGUCAAACGGCUUUCUGCCGUCCCUCUUGGAGUCUGAUGACAGUGAAUUAGAAGAAUUUCUCGACGACAUAUUAGAGCGCGGCAGAAAUAUGUUGAAGAAGGGUAGCACAGUAUCAAAGAUCCUGACUUCGGCCAUUACCGGCAGUAUCUCGUUGGCGAUGGACGCACGAUUGGAAUACGGGGUCGAGAUGGGCGUAGAAAUAUCGCUGAGAGUACUGUCCACAGUUGGCAUGAACAAUCUACCUCACAGUAUAAAUGCGCCGAUACACAUGCCUACGGAAUCGAGCCGUUCGAGUCAACAGUCAUCCAUGCCGAAAGCCGACGCGGAUUGGGGUGAUAGAAGUCAGGAGACGUGGAAUUCUUCUGACCCCACACCUUCCAGCCUGUCAAUGCUAACGAAAUGUUUUGAUAAAAUAUUCGCGGAUUUAUACUUACACAAUAAUAGUACGAAUCUGGAGUUGGUCCUUCAACUCUGGUUGACACUGAACAUGGAUGCUCCCAACGAACACUCGCACUCUUCUUCUCAGCUUGAUUCUUCCCUGACGCCUGUAAUUCCAUUAAGUUUAUCAGCCAUUAGUAAUCUUAUAUCUGCACUUUCUUGGCAUUCUGGAAUUUCUUUGCGCGCCUGGUGUCUUGGUUUGCAAUGUUUAACCAUCGUCUGUAAUCAAUCGUUGCAAAGAUAUCACGGUUUGGAUGGAUUCGCGACUAGCGGUUUCUGUGUGGCUAGUUGCAUUGUUAAGGAACGCAAUACCGGCCCUAUGUUGCUGCGCCUACUUUCCGGCAAUGGAUUGAACGUCAACACUAUGGAUGAGCAAUAUAUUAUGGCUGGGCCUACGGUCUGUCAAGCGUUGCACGAUUUCCUCCUCAGACUGGAGGUGAUGUGCGACGUGAUCACACCGGAUAGUUUCUUAGGUAACGCCCUGAAAGACCUGCUGUUGUGGGUGGUAUUCCAGCUCGUGCAACCAGGUGGGGCCCUUAUUACAAGAAGAGGGCCUUUGGACGCUCAGUGCAAGUUAUUAACGUCCGUGGUUAAUCUAAAUUAUGUUAACGCCGAUUUGAGCAUGGCCAUGAGCAUAUCCGAGUGCGUCGGCGUGCUGGUCUCGACUUACGUCAGAGGAGCCGGAGUUGGUGCGGAAUGUGGAGGGGCAAUCGCUUUGCCCAAUCAGUCCGUUGGCUCUGGUGGUUUCGGUGGUCUGUUCGCUUGCGUAUUAGGCGGUGACACGAGACAAGGUCGGCCUGCUUCGUGGGAUACCCUGGUUGUGGCUCUCGUUAAAUUAGUGUGCGUGUUCAUCCAAACUCCACUACCAGGCGCUCGUGAAAAUCGCUCGGAGAAGCCAGCAGAAGAGGAACUGUCGGAAGCGACUUCAGAUCCCAGAGCUAGCGCAAGCGAGCCACAGGUGCAGAUAAACAUUUCGCAAACGGACGAGAGCAAAGUCGCGGAACAGCAGACCUCGUUUCGCCUGCAACAGCCAGCGACUAGUAAAUCUUGCGUACCUUGCCUCGCCGAUACUGUUCUGCAGCAUGAGCCGACUAUGAUGCGGUUGCUGAGCACUCUCGGUCACAUUACCAAGUCCUCGUUAGCUAUGCUUCUGGGCGGAAGCGCGAGUACUACGUCGACCACAGAGCUCCGAGACCCAGCUUCGAUAUCGGAUGCGAUAUUCCUUCUUUUGACUAUUCUGACGAAAAAGGCCAGCAAUCCGACCCUGGUUUUGAAACCGUUUUACCACUACCUUUCCUCGUCGUAUGGAGAGACCGAGUUGGGUCGGCAAUUGGGAGUCAUGCAGCUAUCCGAGCCUCUUCUGUGGUACAUCUUGAGAGUGUUGGACAACGUGUCGUCUUUGUCUAUCUUCACGGAGAUGGGCGGUGUGAAAGUGGUCUGUCAGAAUCUCGUGAAGUCGAGCAACAGCGGGGCCGCAAGCGCUUCCGCCUCGGGCGGAGUGAUUGCGCUCGUCAUGGAGCACUUGUCAAACUCGCCCAACGUGAUGCCGAUCGCGGCCAAUAGCAGCAGUAGCAGCAGCAAGAAGACCGUCAGUUCGUUGGAAUCGAACUCCGAUGGUUUGCUGAAUUUCGCGCCACUCGGCACGAUCUCCUGCGCGACCGCCCAACCACCGGAUGUCCUUAUACAGAACGCUACGCCUCAUAAACGUGCGAGAACACCCGCGUGGUCGUAUCACUAUUACCCGGACGAGAAGUGGGUCGAUCUCACGAUCACCUUGCCGUGCGCUAUUCUGCUCAGGCAGGUGGAACUGCAGCCGCAUCACUCGGCGUUGUCCACGUGCCCCUCGGCCGUGGCUCUUGAAAUAUCAAGAGAAAACAACAGUCCAGUAAUGCCUGUUUGUCCUCCGAUGCCAACGGCUGGCUUAACGUACAUACGUCUUACGUUGUCCCAGCCGGAAGUCGUGACUUCCGUGCUGGUGCGUCUGUACAAGCCGCGUGACUCGACGAAUGUAAGUCUCAGUCAAAUCAAACUGAUGGGGACCACCGCGUUUGGUGAGAAUAAGACGAGCUUUGACAUGAUGGACGAGGAACAACUGACGAAGACCAGCUUGGGGUGGCUGCGAUUACUGCAUCAGUGCUUGUCGGUGAGCACACUGAACAGUAAUCUAGCCGCCGAGGUGCUUAAUUCCGCGGCUUCGGUCGAAGGCCUGGUCGAGGCAUGCUGCAACCUCCUGUUACUCCCAGCACCGUCUCUCUUUACUGCCAACCUGGAGAGGGUUCUAUUACAACUUGGCUUACACUCUCGUGAGCUUGGACUCCAUCUCAUUGGUCUCUUACUCAACAACAGGUCCACCCUUUUCUUCCAAGGAGCCGUGACUUCCCGGAAGACGUCUAUCGUACAGUUGGUCGUCGAACUGCUUCAGCAGCUUUGCUCCAUCCGAGACUCCAGCACAGAGGCUCGCAUGAGAGCCGUUCUCAGCUGGCUGCAGACUUCGGCCAGCAACGGGAUAUCCCACACGAACAGUAAUCCCAAUUCCGUCAACCCGUCGGCAGUGUACAUUCACUGUGUGUCUUCGAUCAUCUGGAAGACCCACCAACAGCAGAACCACAAUUACGAUCUGCAGGCGCUUCUGACGGACGAUCUGUUCAACUCAUUGUACCAAUGGACCCUCACUCUCGGCAAGAACUCUGCCUUGAAGCAGGCGAUCGAUUCUGUUCUCUGCGCUUUCUGCUACGUGAGGCCGUCGUUGUUUCCCCUGCUUCUGCAACGAGUGCGAAUCUUGGUGCCGAAUCUCGCGACGGAUCAUUCCGCGUCGAUAUCCGACGAUCGUAAGAAGAGCGAGGGCCAAACAGACGAUAAGAAGAGCGAGAUCAAUGCCGAAGAGUGGUACUGCCGCUUCGUACUGCUGGAGUACAAACGGCUGCGUCUGACGGAGGGUCAGCUGUUAACCGUAGCCGCGGCAGCGCGCUCUCCGCCCGGCAUUCAACAGCUAAUCGACUCCGGCUUCCCCGCGCUACUCACAGCACUGAUCACAGAUUUCUGCAACUUGGAGAAAUCCAAACAACAUCAGCGUGCCGCAAUGGCAUCGGGUGACAGCAACGAGAACAGUGCGACUGAAAAUACCGGCUUUUCGGAUAAUGAUGAUCUGUGCAUAAUGCGACCGGACAGCAUAGCGAUGGUGAUUGAAUUCUUAAUGCUCGUAUGUUCGGAAGGCAGGAUGCGAGAUUGGCUCGGCAAAGAAGGCCGUGGUUUUUGGUUACCGCUCCUAUCACUUCUCAGCAAUCGUCCUAUCGAAAACUCGUCGGUGUCUGUGUCGAGGUGUUCGAAAAUUAGUGCGUCCUACACUUCGCUGGAGAGCGCUAUGAUCAAAUUCUUGUCGAGAUGUUGUUGGUGUCACCAAGCAAACCAGAAAUUGCUGGCGGAACUUUUGACCGAAGUCAUUUCUCAGCAACGAAUGACUUCGAAUGUGCGAUAUCUCCACGGUAUUUCUGGAUUUACUCGGAGACUGAUCCUGCAAUUGCUCUUGGAAGGAGAGAAAGUAUUGGUUUCGGUAACUUCGGAAGCUCCUAUGAAAGUCGCAGCAGGAACGGCGAAUUACAACAUGCCAUCCAUGUCGCCUCACCCUGCUCAUCCAUUCGGUCAUUAUCAUCAACUGUUGUACAUGCCGACGCAAGCGACGGUAGCGGAUAUAUUGCGAAAAGUGUCAGGAACUUGGUUUCUUCUAUUACUUCCAAAUACGUAUAAAGGUAACGAAGCAAGUUCCAGCGAAAAUAACCGUGUCGGUGAACCGGUUUGGCAACCCCCGAUGGAGUUGAUGGUAGAUACGCUCAGCGUGGCCGCUGGAAAUACGGCGAAAGACAAGCGGGCUAAAGAGGCGUCGAAUAGAUCGCAAGCUCGUGGUCCGAUCGUGCGAAAACCGCGUUUAAAUUCUGACGGAACGCCGAUCGCGAACAAACCUACGACCAGCAACGGACAGGUUCCAGUGGCGAAUCAAGCCAACACAACGAAUCAGCAGUAUCUAAUACACUCGUCCCGCCCGAACACACCUUUACCGCUUCAGCUUACGAUCGCGCAAUUACUGGCGAUCGCCGAAGACAGCGGUGUCUCAUUAUCCGAACCAUGCUUGCAUUUGAUCUUGCGUCAACAAAACAAGGAUUCCAAAGAGGACAUAACGAAGCAGAACGACAGCGAGCUGCUGAACUACAGGAGCAUCGAGAGUUCUCUGGGUGUGUUCAGCGCAGGCGGCGGAUUGGCGGUCCUGGCGCGCCACUUACCGUUGGUAUACCCGGAUUCCGGCAGACCGUUGUCUUUCGUCGAGAAAUCACCGUCGCCGGAACAAGCGGAUGCCGACUGGGUGAAGCUGGAGACUAACGACGACAUCUACGAGGCACUGGAGGAGGGUAGAACGUACAGUUCCUCGCCGAAAAUGUCGACGCCGCCGCCUUACGUGCCGCCGCAUUCCCUCGCCGCCUUUGGUCUCUUCCUUCGGCUGCCCGGCUACGCCGAGGUGCUUCUGAGGGACAAGAAACGGGCGCAGUGUCUACUGCGACUCGCUCUUGGUGUCUCCGACGACGGGGAGGGUGGCGAAGUGUUGUCCUCGCCUUUAGCCGCCUCCUUACCGACCUUGCCGUUCCAAGUACUGAAGCAGUUGCUGGACGCCACACCGCCGACCACCGACGACGGCCUGCUUCUACGUAGAACGACGAUAGAAGUGGGGGCUAUGCUGCUGUUGUUGAAUUGCUUGGCGAUAUUCACGCAUCAGACCGGUCAAAACGAAGUCACCGAGCAGAGAACCGGCCAGAGUAGCAGCAGUAGCAGCGGUGGCGGCGGCACUGGCGGAGGCGGCGGGGGACGCAGCGACGACAACUCCCACCUGUACUGGGCGAAAGGAACCGGCUUUGGUACUGGAUCUACACAACAAUCGUGGAACGUCGAGCAGGCAUUGUUGCGACAACGGUGCGAAGACGAACACGUGACAGUAUUGUUGCAAGUCCUCGCGAGCUACAUCGGCUCGGGAGGCGGGCAACCCCAGCGAGAGCUGCCCGCCGGUUUCCCUGACUUACUGGCUCGUUCCUGUCUUUUACCGGCGCUGUCUUCAUACCUGCGCAACGACUCCGUUCUCGAUAUGGCCAGGCACAUCCCCUUGUACCGGGCGGUGCUGCAGCUGCUCAGAGCGAUGGCAUUGUCCAGCCAAUUGGCGCCGCUCUUGUUGCCGCGAGGCGGCAAAUCCGGCGAACCGUCCGUGGUGUCCCUUCUGUCGAGUAUGAGGGUGUGCGUGGACACGUACGUGCACAAAAUCAACCGUACCAGGGGUAACAAGUCGAAAAACGUCUCCAAGUAUCCGGACGACAGUGAGCAAGACGAAGGCUUGGCAACCUUGAUUCCUGACAUUCAGGAAAGCGCGACCAUCGUGCAAAACGCCACUUGCAGGUUGUCCAGUAUUGGCGAAGAGUUGCCUGGACCCAGCCCGACCGCACCGGAGUUACCCUUGCGCUCUAUCGAGCACCGUUACCUGGAAGUGAUGAAAAAUCUGCAAUUCGACACCUACGAGAUGAUCACCGAGAAUCCAGAUGGUGGGGGUUACAAAUUCGCGGUUUCGUAUCACUUCGAGUCGAACAUGAGGGCGGCUGGUGAGCGGAGCCAUCCGACGCGAGUGAAGAGAUUAGCCCAGGAAGCUGUCACCCUCUCGACAGCGUUGCCUCUGUCCUAUAGCAGUAGCGUGUUUGUGAGAUGCGACGCGGACAGAUUGGACGUUAUGAAGGUACUCAUAACAGGACCGGCAGAAACGCCGUACGCAAACGGCUGUUUUGAAUUUGACGUGUACUUCCCUCCCGAUUAUCCUAAUAGCCCAAUGUUGAUAAACCUAGAAACAACCGGCCGUCACACCGUGCGCUUUAAUCCGAAUUUAUACAAUGACGGAAAGGUCUGUCUCAGCGUACUCAACACGUGGCACGGUCGGCCCGAGGAAAAAUGGAAUGCACAUACUAGUAGUUUCCUUCAGGUCUUAGUAUCGAUACAGUCGCUGAUCCUAGUGUCCGAACCCUACUUCAACGAGCCUGGAUACGAACGAUCGCGAGGCACAUCGAGCGGUGCUCAGUCUAGUCAAGAGUACAAUGCGAAUAUCUGUCAGGCUACCGCUAAGUGGGCGAUGCUCGAUCAAAUACGCAAUCCUUGCCCGUGCUUCAAGGAGGUGAUACACACUCACUUCUGGAUGAAGAGGCACGAGAUCGUAGCGCAAUUAGAAGGCUGGAUAAGAGAUAUGGAGAUGCAUGGUUCAGACCGUAGAUCAAGUCGGAGUAUUUCUCUGAAUGCUUUAUCGCUGAGGAGACACUACAGGCUGUUGAGGGAGGAACUGAACAAACUGCCAACACCCGAAGGACUAGAAGACCUGGCCGAGCCACUUCCGUCGCCAGGUUCGCCCAUCGAAUUGUCAGGAACCCCAGGCACAACACCGAACACACCGUCGACGGUCGCAGCGUCCGCAGCCGCCGCCACUUCUUCCACCACUACCAUCACCAGCACCACCACCACCACCACCAAUAGCAGCAGCAGCAGCAGCAGCAGCAGCAGUAGCAGUAGUAGCAGCAGCAGCAGUAGCGGCAGCAGCAGCAGCAGCAGCAGCGGCAGUAGCAACACUACAGUGGCUACUUCGAUCACCAACACCAUGGUACCGAUCAGCAACAGCAAUGCGAGUAGCCACGUGCAUCACGACAUCGACACGGACGUCGAGAUGGAGAAGAUGGUUUCGAAAGUGUGUGAAUAGCUAAAGGAUGUUAAUAGACAUUGUUGGUCAUUUUGAAGAGAGUCUAUUGUUUGUGUUACGAUGAACAAAUGAUGGACCGAUAAACACAGGUGCACGAAUAUAUCCUGUCCAGAGCGGUCGAGUUGUCGGCAAGUUAAACAAGAAAGUAUCGAUUCCCGACCGAUAUAGACGACGAUGCACUGAUAAUAAUUAUUAUGAUGAUGACAAUGAUAACGAUAACAAUGAUAAUGGUCAUUAAUGAUGACAGAAAGAUAGUUGGCAAUGAAAUAUUAAACGAGAGUCGUAAGGAGGAAAAGCGCGUAAGCACAUACGCAAGAACAGAAGGAUGGAAAAAAGGGGGGAGCGGAGAGAGAGAGAGAGAAAAAAGAAAAAGUGUGGUAAAAAAAAGAUGAGAUGAGAAAGUGGAAGAUAGAGGAAGGAGGGAGGAAGGGAGAGAGCGAAAGCACAGAUAAAACCGGAGAAUAAGUAGCGCGAAUGUGACAAACUCGUGCGUAGUAAGUACUUUCAUAGCCGCUGCUAUAGUACGUGUACGCUGCAUUCUACUACUUUGUACUACCAUAAGUACCAACUGUUAUUCAAUAUUUAUUAUACAUGUUCCUCGUUUAUAGUAGCGGGUAUCCCUGCGCGCCACGCGACCGAAUCUAAUCUGACGAAGUGUCAUCAUAAGGAACGAGGCAAUUUAGUUACACCGUUAGAUAACGUUAAAUAUAAAAUAUAGUACGUGUCCUUCGUAUGUCGAUUAAGAGGAGCGACUAAAACGAUGCCCUCGGAAGCGGUGGUACGUUUCUCACAUAAACGAGAAUUGCUCUUUGUAACUGUAACAGCUACUUAGUACACGUAAAUUUCACAUGAAUCGACCAUAUGAACGAAUAAAGUCACAUUGUUUUGAAA